CCGACAAGCCCGUCGCGCCGCGCGCCGCCGCCGCCCGCACGCUCGGGAUCAAGAAGGCGCUCGUCUUCUAUGCCGGCAAGGCGCCGCGCGGGGUCAAGACGGACUGGAUCAUGCACGAGUACAGGCUCGCUGACGCCGGCCGCCGCGCCAAGAAGGGGUCGCUCAGGUUGGAUGACUGGGUGCUGUGCCGGCUGUACAACAAGAAGAACGAGUGGGAGAAGAUGCGGCUGGGGAAGGGGGCAGUCGUCGGCGCAGCCAAAGAGGAGGAGGCCAUGGACAUGAGCACCUCCCACUCGCAGACCCACUCGUGGGUCGAGACGCGCACGCCGGAGUCGGAGAUCGUGGACAACGACCCGCCGUUCCCUGAUCUGCCGGCGCCGGCACCCGCGAUGAUGGUGCCCAAGAAGGAGCGGGUGGACGACGGCGGCAGCGCCAGGACCAGCGACCUGUUCGUGGAUCUCAGCUACGACGACAUCCAGGGCAUGUACAGCGGCCUCGACAUGCUGCCGCCGGCCGGCGAGGACUUGUACUCCUCGCUCUUCGCGUCACCCAGGGUCAGGGGGAACCAGCCCACCGGAGCCACGGGGUUGGGCUUGGGCCCCUUCUGAGUGAGCUCAGGCCUCAGGCGAGGAUGGAGGCAUGGAGAUGAGGAGAGAAGACGGACGGCGUUGCGAACUCUGUAAAUACAGGCAGCAUAGGAGGGGAGUCGAACCUGACUGAACCUGGUCAGGGUUACAAGUCGAGUGUGUCGGUGUUUCGUACAUGGGAAUGGGAGCCGGCCCGGUCUUGGCUUGGCGCUGGCUCAUUCUUUAGUUUCACUUCCUGCGCAGACGGUAGAUGUGUAUGCGUAGCUGUUCACUAUCACUUCCUCUUCAACAGAACCGAUUCACUC